AUGGCCUUUCAAAACAAGAAGAGGAACCAGCCAGAUGGUGAAUCAUCAAAUACGAAAAAGGCCAAGACGGGGGAGAGCAGCUCAGCACCUAGACCCGCACCUGCUUUCCUCUCGGCUCUGAAAGAUGAAGAGACGGAUUUUCCUAGAGGGGGAGGAUCGAGCCUGACCCCUUUGGAGCUCAAGCAGACUAGAGCAGAGGGAAGGAGGGAGGCUGAGGAAGAGGCUAGAGCCGAGGCUGCUUCCAAAGGUAAUCAUCGAAAGAAGCAGAUGAGUGAUAGGCAGAUCAAGAGGUUGAAGAAGAAUGAAGUGAGGAAGAAAGAGAAGAAUGAUGAGGAUACUAUCCGUGUCGAGGUAUUGAACUACAAAAGACUCGUACCCGGUACUCAUGUCCUUGCCCGAGUCCACACCGUCCUCCCACUACACCUCAUCUUAUCACUUCCUAACAACUUACUCGCUCAUGUACCAAUCACCGAAAUCUCCACUACACUCACCAACCUCCUUACAGCGGAAGAAGCUAUGGCUCUGGAUUCGGACAAAGAAGAAGAAGAUCAGGAAGAAGAAGAAUCCGAUUCGGAAUCAUCUGCGCCGGACUUGUCUCAAUUAUUCUUCCCCGGACAAUAUUUCCCUGCCAAAGUAUUGAACGUAUAUCCAACAGCGAGCCAAUCGUUUGUCUCUCAAUAUCCUGUUACUGAAACUACGAGAUUAGCAGCUAGGGUAGAGGUCACGUUGAUACCUGAGAAAGUAGGAAGUGAGGUUUCGAAGAAAGAUAUCGAGAAGGGGUAUUUAUUAGUAGGAGAGGUCAAGAGUGAAGAGGAUAAGGGCUACACAGUCGGAAUUGGGUUGAAUCCUGAUGAAGGGUCAGGUGUGGAGGGGUGGAUAAGUAAAGAAGAAGUACAGAAAUAUGUACCGUCUCAAUCCCUAAUUCCCGGUCAACUCCUCCCUGGGAUCGUAUCGUCCCUCACUGCCGGUGGAAGAGUCGUACAACUAUCCCUUGAUCCCCUCGAGCUCACCCGAAGCACUACGAGCGAAGUUUCAACUGUAGGAUCUCUGACUCCGGGACAUCUCAUAACAGCUUUGAUCACCGCUGUAGUACCUUCAGGUCUAAAUGUGAAAGUCUGUGGAUUUUAUGACGGUACGAUCGAUUUGGCCCAUUUACCUCUAGGGGAAGAUGAUGUAGAAAGCAGAUACAAAAUCGGUAAAAAGGUUCGAGCUAGAAUAAUAUACGAUAACUUAUCAACUACUCCACCUACCUUUGCUCUUUCAGCUCUCCCUCAUGUAGUCGGCUUGACCAGUCCUACCAAGGAAGGAGAACAAGUACCAUUAGAACACGCUAUCCCAAUCGGUAAAUUGUAUCCUAGUGUGAAGGUUGUACGGGUCAUGCCCGAUUGGGGAGUGAUCUGUCGCACAAAUGACGGACUGGAUGGAUUCUGUCAUAUCAGUCACCUUUCUGAUGAACGUAUAUCGGUCUUGACAAACGGUACAGGUCAAUACAAAGCUGGAACUCUACACCGAGCCAGAGUGAUCGGUCAUUCUCCUCUCGACGGUGUUGUUCUCCUAUCCUUCGAGCAAAAAGUUCUUGACCAAGUAUUCAUGCAAGUCGGGGAACUACAGAUAGGUCAAGUACUCAAGGGAACCGUCCAUCGUCUUGCCGAACGAAUGCUCUUCAUCUCCCUUUCUGGUUCAGUAGAUGGUAUCGUCUUCCCUAAUCACUACGCCGAUAUCAAGCUCAAACAUCCCGAAAAACGAUUCAAAGUAGGAUCAUCAGUGAAAGCUCGUGUAUUCGCUAUAGAACCAGCACGUAACAGAGUGGUAUUGACUUUGAAGAAAUCUUUGGUGGACUCGAGCGACAGUAUCCCUCAAGGAUUCGCAGAUGUCCAAGUUGGACAAGUCACUCCCGGUGUAAUCGCUAAGAUCAUGGAGAAAGGGUGUAUUGUGGAUUUGUUUGGUGCAAUCAAGGCCUUCAUGCCAUUAUCCGAAUCAAGUCAAACAUUUGUCAAAAACCUCAAUGAUCUCUUCUACGUUGGCAAAUCCGUUACGGUCCGAGUGCUUGAUAUCCAACCUGAGAACGAACGAAUCGUGGUAUCAGCCAAACAAGCAGCUCCUAAUCCUGUUGCAUCAGCAGCCGAGAAAUUGCAAGUUGGUGAUGCAGUAUCAGGUAGCGUCUCGGCCAUACACGAAGAACAGGUAGUUGUUAAACUUGACGAUUCGGGUCUCACAUCGUUGUUAUCUCUAAGUAAUUUGUCGAAUCAACGACAUAUGGGUAUCGACGAAUUACGAUCGACCCUGAAGGUGGAUGACAAGAUUGAAGAUCUUGUGGUAGUUUCGAAAAACCCUGUCUCGGGAUUGAUCAUAGUGAAUGUGAAGAAGUCGAAUUCACCUACCACAAAGACUAAGACGAAGAAGGAAAAGAAAGCUAAGAAAGAGGAAGAAGGUCCAUCUGGAAUAUCGAAGAACGUGAAAGCCAUUGAUGAGAUCAAAGUCGGACAGAUCUUCUCUGGACAUGUGACUGAACAUACUGAAAGAGGAACGAUGGUUCAACUACCCAAUAAGAUAAGGGGUAGGAUACAUCCUUUAGAUGCUGUUGAUGAUCUGUCAACAUUAGUGGGCGGACAUGCUCCCUACAAUGUCAAUCAGGAGAUCAGAGUCUACGUCUUGGCUGUGAAUAAACAGAAAAGAGCUGUAGAUCUCUCUUCGAGACCUUCCAAAAUCACGCCCGGCGGUAAGGUGAUCGAUCAAGAAUUGACUGAUGUGAAGGGUUUGAAAGAGGGUCAGAGCGUCAGAGGGUUGGUGAAAAAUAUCGCAAGUCACGGUGUAUUCGUCAGUCUGGGCAGGGAAGUUACUGCUAGAGUAAUGAUCAAAGAACUUUUCGACGAGUUUGUUAAAGAUUGGGAAUCUAAAUUUGAGAUUGGUCAAUUGGUAACUGGUAAAAUCUUAAGCGUCGACGAGAAGAGGAACUCUGUGGAGAUGACAUUCCGAAAGAAUCCUGCUAAAUCAACCAAGAAAGUUGCCAAACUUGGUUUGAGCGAUUUCGAAGAAGGUCAAAAAGUCGUCGCUGAGGUUAAGAAGGUCGAAGCGUAUGGUAUCUUCUUGAGAAUUGAGGGAAGUGACGUAUCGGGAUUAUGUCACAAAUCUGAGAUCUCCGAUAACAAGAAACAGGAUGUUUCUCAAGCUUUGAAAUCGUUCAGAGAGGGUGAUCAAGUGAAAGCGAAGAUCCUCAGUAUCGACACAGAGAAGAAUAAGAUCAACUUUGGUAUCAAGGCUAGCUAUUUCGGUGAAGAGUUUGGAGAGGCCCAAGAUGAAGAGAAUGAGGAGGAGGAGGACAUGCAAGAAAACGAGGACGAGGAUGAAGCCGCUGAAGAGGAGGAGGAGGAGGAUGUCUUGAUGAUCGGUGGCGAUGACGAUGAGGACGAGGAGGACGAAGAUGAACAAGAUGAACAAGAAGAGGAGGAUGAGGAAGAAGCCGAAACUAUUCCUACUGCUGCUGCAUCAUCAAAGAAAACUUCCAAAUCCAACACCACUUCCGGAUUAGCUGUUGCAGGAGGUUUCGACUGGACAGGUGAAGGAGUCAAAUCCGAAGAAUCGGGAUCUGAUUCGGACGACUCAGACGAAGAUGAAGACGUCGAUGUACCUACUACCUCCGCCAAAGCCAAGGGGAAAUCCAGGUCAAAGGGAGUAGAAGAUUUGACCGCCACAGCACCUGAUGCUCGACCGGAAUCAAUAUCAGAAUUCGAACGAGCCCUCUUGGCUUCCCCUAACUCUUCUUACCUUUGGAUUCAAUACAUGUCAUUCCACCUCCAGUUGCACGAAAUUGAAAAAGCGCGAAAGAUCGGUAGAUCGGCUUUGGAAAAAAUCAAUUAUAGGGAAGAAGAUGAGAAACUGAACAUCUGGAUGGCCCUGAUCAACCUCGAAUUAAGCUUCGGUACUGCCCAAACUGCAGAAGCUGUGUUUAAGGAAGCGAGUCAGUAUAAUGAUUCGAGAAGCGUACAUAUUAGGUAUGCCGAGGCCUUGAUUGCGGCUGGAAAGGAUGAUCUCGUUGAAGAAAUAUUCAAGAAGAUAGUCAAGAAAUUCUCUGCGUACCCAGACUCGUGGACUCGAUUCGCCGAAUUUUACUUGAAGAAGGGAGAUGUUGAAGAUGCUAGGGCGUUAUUACCUAGAGCUAUGAAAUCUUUAGAUAAGUCUAAGCACGUCGAAACCAUCGAAAAGAUGUCGCUGCUCGAAUUCAAAUAUGGUGAUCCUGAACGAGCCAAAACUCUCUUUGAGGGAUUGGUUGACAGAUUCCCCAAGAGAUUGGAUCUUUGGGGUGUAUAUAUCGAUCAACUGGCCAAAAUUGAUGAUAUACAGGGAGUGAGGGGGUUGGUCGAUAGGGCUUUGAAUCAGAAGUUGACGAGUAAGAAGGCCAAAUUCUUGUUUAAAAAGCUUUUGACAAUUGAACAGAGGAUAGGAGAUGAGAAAGGUCAGGAGAAAGCUAAAGAAAGAGCUAAAGCUUGGGUACUGGAGAAUACCAAACCUGAUCCCGAGGAGGAUGAGGAUGAGGCAGAAGAGGAGAGUGAUGACGAGUAA